AUGGCACCCAACAGCGACGCAAGCAUGCAGGGUCAUGCAAAACGUGCAUACUCCUUCAGCCAGCGACAGGUAGACCGUGUAAUCAGUCCGCAGCGCCGUCAAAAGUCCUACGAUGCGACAACCCAAUUCGCAACUGAGAAACCUGCAUUCUUUGCCUUCAUAGUCUCCCAACUCUUCUUCUCUGCUCUGCCGAUCGGCCUGUUCAUCUCCUUCUCCCUUUCGACCGUCGCCCUCGCCGUCAUCUCCGCCGUUGCCUUCUCCUUCUUCUGGGUCGGCAUUGCCCUUCUCGUCCUCGUCCCGAUCUUGUUCAUCACCGUCAGCAUAGCCAUCGUCGUCUGGCUUUGGGCUUUUGCCACAUUCCUUGUCGGUCGAUGGGUAUAUCGCAUGUUGCCCGUCAGUCUACAAGGUGAUGUGCAAGUCCGAGUCCCCAAUGGCAAGCAGGUCAUCUUCCAGAAAGAUCGCAAUAGUGGCGCAGGGAUCGGCUUUGAUCAAGUCAAAGAGGAGGCUACAGAGGUCGAGGAGUAG